CAUGGCAAAAUAAAGUACUGCAUUUUCAAAAAUUAACUCAGCGGACAACGAAAGUUUUUUUUUUAUCUUGCCAUUUUAUUUUUGGCAAGCUAGUAACUUUAGCUAUGGCGAAGAGAUUCAUAUUCUUGCCAAACCAAAGCAAAAACCUAAAGUUUGGUGAAGCUUCUUUUGAGAUUUUAUCAGACUUUCUCAUAAAUCUCAAUAUCAGAAACAAAGAUAAACUGAGCAAUUUAUCACGUUACAGUGGGGAUUUUAAAGACAAAAGAUUGAUAGAAUGCAUUUUCCUUGUCACAGAAGAGUUAAGACUUGACCCCUUGGUUGGAUAUCAUGCUGUUGAAAUACUUGAAAGGUUUAUGAUAAAGCACCUGGAGGAUCUGUUUUCAACACCACACACACCUGCAGGGGCAGCAGGUGCCCAUGAAGGAAAUUACGCGGACCUUGUUUAUGAGAAACUGAGUGAGAAGUUCCAUCUCAUUCUCCUCUCUUGUGUGCAAAUAGCAAGCAAACUGUCUUUGCACAGUGCUGUGGUCGACAACAACACAGCAGCGCAGUUUCUUCACUCGAUGGGCCACAGCGUUUCCAAACAAACUAUCAUGGACAUGGAGCUGAUGAUCUUGAAAGCACUUGACUUCAGGCUAAACACCCCCAACCCUCUGACUUAUGUUGAGAUACUCCUGGAGGUGCUUGGGCACAAUGACUCUUCUAUCCCUGUGGAGCACCUGCAUCAUCUCAGUAGACAUGUGCUCCAGUUCACCUACCUCCAGAGGACAGCCAUCUAUGACUCCCUGCUCAAGGCCACCACUCAGUGCCUGAGCCCAUCUGACGAACAGAGAAAGACUUUUGUGUCGGUGACUGAAGACUGCAUGCUUCUUGGUGUUGGUGUCAUUGCUGUGGGUGCAUACAUCCUCAAUGUCACUAACUGGGAACAGGUAGUGGAGGAGCUGAGUCACAUCACAGGGAUCUCAGUGAAGAGCAUCAGUGAUUUCACACAUGUUACACUGAUGCACAUUACCAAGAACAACUCUCCCAUGGUCACAGCAACUUGAGUCGAGUCACAUUCAUCGAUUGAAAGAUUUUAUUUACGCGAAUUUGUUUUAAGUUGGUCUGAAACUUGACAAUGAACUAAGUUUCUUCAGCUACAGGUUACAGGAAGUUAUGAAAGAAAUAAAGCCAUUGAGACAUAGACAGUACAGUACUGUACAGUAAGACAGUACAGUAAAACUACAGUGUCUGUAUGUAAAAAGAUUGAAAGGUUCGCACCAAACAUCUGAUAUAAAAACUAGCUCCCUGAGUUUGACUUUCUAGUUGAUUUCCUUAAGAAUUUAACUUCUAUUUUCUGGAUGUUUAUUUCUGUUUACUGUUCCAACAAUUAGCACCAUUAAAGAGCCUUCUUCCAUCUAUCAAGUCAGUCAUAUCUGUUAAAUGUCAUAGUGUGCAAUAUAAAAGCAAAGCUGAUGUUAAAAUCCUAAUAAUAGAAAUGUAAUAAAUAGUGUAAUAAGUAAUUCAUUUAACUUAAAUAGAUAAGAAUAAAUGUAUUUAUUAUACCCACCAC